UACUGGAACCCUCGGAUCUCCGUGAGUCAGCAGGCAUCGCCCAUCCGCCCUCCCCCAUCAACCCCCAAUUCCAAAUCCCACCGUUCCCCCACCCCCCCCCUCGCUGCAGCCUUCCUCCGCUUCCCAAUUCCUUCGCUCCACCUGCCCCGCUCCCCCUUCCCUCCCCCUCUCGUCUCAGCCGUCCGAUCCCAAUUUCCCAACUCCUCCCCUGUUUCAGUUCGUUUCGCAGCUGAGGCGGGAAAGGAGGAUCGGAGUGGAAGGAGGGGAUGGAGGAGCUGCAGAUGAAGGUGGCGCAUGCGGUGCGCGUGCUGAACCACGACGCGCAGUCCUGCAACCGCGUCGCGGCCAACCAGUGGCUGGUCCACUUCCAGCACUCCCACGCCGCCUGGGAGGUCGCCGCUUCCCUCCUCACGCACGCCUCCCCUUCCUCCUCCGCCGACUUCGAACUCGAGUUCUUCGCCGCCCAGAUCCUCCGCCGCAAGAUCCAAAACGAGGGCUAUUACCUGCAGCUCGGCGCCAAAGACGCGCUGCUCAAUGCCCUCCUCGUAGCCGCUCAGCGGUUCAGCUUGGGCCCGCCUCAGCUUUUGACGCAGAUAUGUCUGGCGCUGUCGGCGCUGAUGCUGCGGUCGGCGGAGCACAAGAAGCCCGUCGAGCAGCUCUUCGCCAGCCUGCACGAGCUGCAGAGCCAGGAGAACGGGAAUCUCGCCGUGCUGGCCAUGCUCACCGUCCUGCCCGAGGAGGUCGUCGAGGACCAGAGCGGAGACCGCAGUGUGGAUGCCGCGAGCAGAAGCCGGUUCACUCGGGAGCUCUUAUCUCACACUCCCACUGUCCUGGAGUUCCUUCGCCUCCAAUCCGAACUAAGGCUUGAUAAUGGCAUUCAGUUCCACGAGAAGAAUCGGAAGAUUCUGCGAUGCUUGCUUAGUUGGGUUCGUGCAGGAUGCUUUUCAGAGAUUCCACCUGCCUCCUUGCCAACACAUCCGCUUCUUAACUUUGUAUUCAACUCUUUGCAGGUUUCAUCUUCAUUUGAUGUGGCCAUAGAAGUUAUGAUUGAGCUCGUCAGCCGGUAUGAGGGCUUACCACAGGUUUUGCUGUUUAGGAUACAGUAUAUCAGAGAAAUACUCCUUCUUCCAGCUCUAGUUAAUAGCGAUGAGAAGAUAAUCGCUGGUCUUGCUUGCUUAAUGUCCGAAAUCGGUCAGGCAGCUCCAGCUUUGAUUGCAGAAGGAAGUACUGAAGCACUUGUGCUUGCAGAUGCACUUUUAAGCUGUGUUGCGUUUUCCAGUGAAGAUUGGGAGAUUGCAGAUUCAACCUUGCAGUUUUGGUGUAGUUUAGCUCAUUAUAUUCAUGGAAUGGAUUUAGAAAAUGCUAAAAGAAAAGUCGUGGAAGAAUUGUUUUUCCCUUUAUUUUCUGCAUUACUAGAUGCCCUUUUACUGCGUGCUCAGGUUGAUGAUCCUGCAUGUGAUGGUGACAAUGGAGCGCUGUACAUACCUGAUGGGCUUUUACACUUCAGAAUGAAUUUAGAGGAGCUUCUGAUAGACAUCUGCCAGCUUUUAGGGCCUGCUACAUUUGUACAAAAGCUUUUCUGCGGUGGAUGGGCUUCAGUAGAUCACUUAAUUCCUUGGGCGGAGGUCGAAUCUAGAAUGUUUGCACUCAAUAUGGUUGCGGAGACGGUUCUGCAAGAAGGACGCCCCUUUAAUUUUUCGGUGAUUAUGCAUUUAGUAACAAUUCUAUCAAGUAGAACGCCUGAUGAACGCAAGGGUUUUUUGGCCUUUGUGUACAAAUCUGUUGGGGAGGUUGUUGGUUCAUAUUCAAAGUGGAUAUCAUCAUCCCCGUGUAACAUUAGACCAUUACUUCUAUUUUGUGCAUCAGGUAUCACAGAAUCCAUAUCAUCAAAUGCUUGCUCCUCAGCCUUGCGGAAACUUUGUGAAGAUACUUCUGCGUUGAUCCAUGAUGCACAGAAUCUGGAAAUCCUUAUCUGGAUUGGUGAGGGCUUGGAGAAAAGUAAUCUACCAUUGGAAGAAGAGGAAGAGGUUGUUAGUGCCAUAACGCUCACUCUUAGUUCUAUUUCUAACAAAGAGCUAAAGAAGAGUUCAUUGGCAAGGUUGCUUUCUUCAAGUUAUGGAGCAAUUGAAAAGCUUAUUGAUUCAGAUAAGGAGAAAUCUCUUAGGGAAAAUCCUGCUGCUUAUACACAAGCAUUAAACCUUGCCGUCAGGGGUCUUUACAGGAUGGGAGCUGUAUUUGGUCAUCUUGCAGCUCCUCUCACAACUGAUCAGGUUGAAGAUGACACCAUUCUUGUUCUUCUUGGAGUAUUCUGGCCGCUUCUUGAGAAACUUUUCAGGUCGAGUCAUAUGGAGAGUGGUAGUUUAUCUGCAGCUGCAUGUCGGUCCCUUUCUUUGGCUAUACAUUCCUCUGGACAACACUUUUUAAAAUUGUUGCCUAAAGUUCUUGACUGCUUGUCGACGAACUUCUUGCUAUUCCAAAGCCAUGAAUGCUAUGUAAGAGCAGCUGCUAUUGUCGUUGAGGAAUUUGGUCAUAGAGAGGAAUAUGGUUCACUAUGUAUCAGCACAUUUGAGAGGUUCACUUCUGCAGCAUCAGUAUCAGCUCUCAAUUCUUCUUAUAUAUGUGAUCAAGAACCGGAUCUAGUCGAAGCAUACACUUGCUUUACAUCUACGUUUGUUCGCUGCUGUCCUAAGGAGGUGGUUGCUGCAUCAGGCUCACUGCUUGAAUUGUCAUUCCAAAAGGCAGCGAUUUGCUGCACAGCAAUGCAUAGGGGUGCAGCAUUGGCCGCUAUGUCAUAUAUGUCUUGUUUCCUAGAGGUCAGCCUCACAUCAAUGCUAGAAUCCAUAGCUUGUAUAACUGAAGGAUCGUUAAGCGCAGUGGCAAUUCAUGUUUUAUCUCGAAGUGGUGAAGGUGUAUUAUCAAAUUUAAUAUAUGCCCUACUUGGUGUAUCAGCAAUGUCAAGGGUGCACAAAUCUGCAACAAUUUUGCAGCAAUUGGCAGCACUAUGCAGUCUUUGCGAGAGAACAGCAUGGAAAACAGUUCUUUGUUGGGAUUCCCUGUGUGCAUGGCUACGGUCAACGGUACGAUCUCUACCGUCAGACUAUCUAAAGCAAGGUGAAGCUGAAGCCAUUGUUCCUUUGUGGUUGAACGCACUAGCAUGUGCUGCCUCAGAUUAUCUCGAUAGCAGGAGCAGUGACAACGCCAAUAGAAGCGAUCAUGGGCACAUGCGAGGUAAAGGGGGAAGAACCCUUAAGCGUGUCAUUAGAGAUUUUGCCGAUACUCAUCGAAAUAUCCCAAACCCCACAUAAAAUAACUCAUGCUGUUUUCUCCCUUAAUGUAACGUGAACUGUACAUCGGAGCCUACCCAUUUGAUCACAGUAGUUCGAAAUUAAGAAGCCGGCUUCAUUUGGUUCUCAUGUAAUCAGAAUAAUGUACAGAACCCAAUUCAAGAUCCCCAAAAUUUUGCUGCAAUACAAAGAUCCAAGGACAAGUCUUAUCCUCUGUAGUUUGUUUGAUGUAAUACCAAGGUUCUAAACUUUGUAUAUAAUUAAGCUCUCUUGCUGAACAGAGAGCGGACUAGUUUUGAUGAUUUAAAAAGUUUAUGUACUGCUGGUAAUUUAUUCUGGAAUUCAAUGUGAAACAUCUUACCUAACUAGUUCUUCAGUUUAUGUAAAUUGGUUUAAAUGUGGUGGAAAAUAAAGCUGUAGUUAGACAUCGGUGCUGUAGGCUCUUUACCAGACGUAACUUUUUACGCCUGCGUGUGAAGAGGAAUGUAAGCAUAUGUAUGUAUCAGAACAUUAAAUGCAGGUCUGUUUCCACUGCUUAUUUGAGUU